AUGAGUAUGCCGAGGCGGGAGAGGCGCUUGGGUAUCGUUUACAUCGAAAACGACAAAGAGCGUGACGUCACGUUCUACAAGAGAUGUUUUGGUUUGUUUAAAGGUGCUGCUGACCUCUCUGCACUCACCGGUGCUAGGGUUGCUGUCGUUCUAGAGGCGAAAAAUGGAAAGAUCCACUCAUUUGGCACGCCAUCAGCCAAGCCCAUUGUUGAUGCUUUCUUAUCAGGAACAACUCCAUACGUCGACAAGGUGAAAGAUGCCAAGAUUUCAUGGCUGCAAAGUGAAGUGGCUCGGCUGGACAUGGAAAACCCAAUAGAGGAUAAGAGAAAAGAAAUAUCCAUCCAGCAUAUAAAGAAGAUCCAAGAUGAAAACCCAGGUAUGGCAGGAAACCUUAUCUUCUCAAAGGAAGAAGAUCUCAGUCUGGAAGAUCUCCAUAAACUCUUUAAUGACCUCUCGCGGGUCCAGGAGGACAUUCGAAGUCGGUUACCUCUAUUGCACCAUGGCCACGAAGCUAAGAUUGGCUGCAACAGUAUGAAAAGUAGCAUGCUACCACCAGAAGGCCUCUCAUAUGAUCACCAGCAGACUACAAUUUUCUCGCAACACUAUUCUUCUAGCGGGCAAGAUGUGGAUAUUCAUGCACUAUAUGGAGGACUUCGCUAG